AUGUGGAUCACGAGGUUUGCGGAUGUUCCUGUGAAAAUUGUCUAUAGUAACAACAUUCACAUAUCCCCGGAGCAGCGGCUGCCGUGUCUAAUGAACGAUGACUCUACGAGUGCGAUUAGCGGAUACGCGGAGAUUGUGCACUAUCUGAGCCAGCAGGGGUACAAUGUUGGCGAGCUAGGAGCAGAAACUAUUGCCUUGAUUGCAAAUCUAGAUAGAGCAACCACGCUGACUUACUGGACGCUAUUUUGCAAUAAGGAAAACUACGAAACGAUUACGCGCCCUCAAAUUUCUCAGGCGAUUGCAUUCCCGAUGCAGUACAAUGUUGCUAUGAAAUUGCAAAAGGAUGCAGCAGAAAGAUGUGCAUCCGAAGGGAUCAAGCAUAGCAAGAAACCGCCUAAAGAGAAAGGGCUGAACAAGACGCACACUGACGCCCUCGCCGCUGACCGUAAUCGCAAAGCCAUGGUGUCCAUGAGCCAAGAAACCAUGCAGAUCUUGACUCUUGGCGAAAAGGUGUAUCAACUAUGCUCAAGGAUGUUGGGCCAGGAACCUGAUCCAGCCAGGUUCCUCUUAAUGGCCAAUAUAUAUUUACAGACGCUGCCCGGACUGCCUCAACGACCUCUAGAGACGGUCAUUUCAAAGUACGAUGCCCUCAAAACAGAGAUCCCCAGCCUUGAGUUCACAAACAUCGUAGAACCGGGCCCGUCAGAGUACAACCUGUCCAAUUGGCUUGCCAGCUGGACUCCCUGGACUCCCUGGACCCUGGGCUAA